AUGCCCCUGGAUUCAUACUAUCUCGGGUUUGAUCUCUCGACUCAGCAGCUGAAAUGUCUCGCCAUUGACCAAAACCUAAAAAUUGUCCAUUCAGAGACCGUUGAAUUUGAAAAGGACCUUCCCCACUACCACACAAAGAAGGGUGUUUAUGUACACGGCGAUACUAUCGAAUGUCCCGUGGCCAUGUGGUUAGAGGCUCUAGACCUGGUUCUCUCGAGAUAUCAAAAGGCUGAGUUUCCCUUGGAGAAAGUUAUGGCCAUCUCAGGAUCUUGCCAGCAGCACGGGUCUGUCUACUGGUCCUCUCAAGCUGAAUCUCUGUUAGAACAAUUGAAUGGGAAGUCGGAAAGAGAUUUAUUGCACUACGUGAGUCCUGCGGCGUUUGCAAGGCAAACCGCGCCCAAUUGGCAAGACCAUAGUACCGCCAAACAAUGUCAAGAGUUUGAACAGUGUCUUGGAGGGCCUGAGAAAAUGGCUCAAUUAACAGGGUCCAGAGCCCAUUUUAGAUUUACUGGUCCCCAAAUUCUUAAAAUUGCUCAGUUAGAACCGGAAGUGUACGAAAAAACAAAGACCAUUUCUCUAGUGUCUAAUUUUUUGACUUCUAUUUUAGUAGGCCAUCUUGUUGAAUUAGAAGAGGCUGACGCCUGUGGUAUGAACCUUUAUGAUAUCCGUGGAAGAAAAUUCAGUGAUGAGCUGCUACACUUAAUUGACAGUUCUUCUAAGGACAAAACCAUCAGACAGAAAUUAAUGGGAGCACCCAUGAAAGCUACAAUAGCAGGCACCAUCUGUAAAUAUUUUAUUGAGAAAUACGGUUUUAAUGUAAACUGUAAGGUCUCUCCCAUGACUGGUGAUAAUUUAGCCACUAUAUGUUCAUUACCCUUGAGGAAAAACGACGUUCUUGUUUCUCUGGGGACAAGUACUACAGUGCUUCUGGUCACCGACAAGUAUCACCCCUCUCCAAACUAUCAUCUCUUCAUUCAUCCGACUCUGCCGGAGCACUAUAUGGGUAUGAUUUGUUAUUGUAAUGGUUCUCUGGCAAGAGAGAAGAUAAGAGACCGGUUGAACGAAGAACGGGACGAUAAUACAAAGAAAAGUAACGAUUGGACGCUUUUUAAUCAAGCUGUGUUAGACGACUCAAAAGACGAUGAUAAUGAAUUAGGAGUAUACUUUCCUCUAGGAGAAAUCGUUCCUAGUGUCAAAGCCAUAAACAAAAGGGUUAUGUACAAUCCAAACACGGGUAGAAUCGAAAGGGAGGUGGAAAAGUUCAGAGACGAGAGACACGAUGCUAAAAAUAUUGUGGAGUCACAGGCUUUGAGUUGCAGAGUAAGAAUAUCUCCCUUGCUUUCGGAUUCAAACACAAGAUCACAACAGAAGUUGAACGAAGAUACAAUCGUCAAGUUUGACUAUGAUGAAUCUCCCCUGCGGGACUACUUGAAUAAAAGGCCGGAAAAGGCUUUCUUUGUAGGUGGAGCUUCCAAGAACGAUGCUAUUGUGAAGAAGUUUGCUCAGAUCAUUGGCGCUACAAAGGGUAAUUUUAGGUUAGAAACACCGAACUCGUGCGCUCUUGGUGGUUGUUAUAAAGCUAUGUGGUCAUUGCUAUAUGAAUCUAACAAGACUACAGCUCCAUUCGAUAAAUUUCUGAAUGACAAUUUCCCAUGGAAUGUAAUGGAAAGCAUUUCCGAUGUGGAUAAUGAAAGUUGGGAUCACUAUAAUUCAAAGAUAGUUCCAUUAAGCGAACUAGAAAAGACGCUCAUUUAA